UUUUCUGAUCUCCGCAAUCUGUCUGGAACGACCCUCAUGAAUUUGUUAUCAGCGCUAUUCAUGACCCAACUACUCUAUGUUAUUGGUGUCGGAGGUGUAAUGGAUUCGGAGCUCUGCAUUGCUCUGGCGUCCGCUCUACAUUAUGUCCGCCUCUGUGUGUUUUCAUGGAUGCUGCUUAUGACCCACAAUAUGUACAUGCAGUACAAAACUGGCCUUCAUCUUGUUCCAAUUACGGACACAAAUAUUAGCCGGAAUUUUAUAAGAUAUUCCCUUCUAGGAUGGGGAUUGCCAUUAGUAUUCCUGCUGGCAAGCAUCUUAAUCCAAUACUGUGAUAAACGUGGAAUGUUGCUCGACACUCAAGACCUCAGAAGGCAGAAUUGCUGGUUUCUGGACAAGAACGCCUUUAUCUCCAGCCUGGUCAUUCCCGGUUACCUGAUGGCUCUGAUGACAUUCUUCUAUUUAUUCCGGACAGCUGUUUUGUCCAAAUACCUCGUAGGGUUUCAACCGGACAAUCGAUUACGAGACAAAAUGCGACGGAAAAGCGCUAUUCAAAUAAUACUUUUUAGUAAGGUGAGUAUUGAUUUCAUAUUUAUAGAACUACGGGACUAAAUAUAUAUCUUUAA